AUGUCACUUUCAUACAUACCACCAUUGUUAAUAGAUGGUGAACCUGUGGUCCAAUUAGAUAAGGCAGAGGUGGAAGAAGAAGAAGCUAAAUGGAAAUGUGCUUUGAUUGCUUAUAUUUUAGGUGACGGACUAGGGUAUAAAGCAAUGCAAAGGUAUAUUAGUAUUCACUGGUCUCAUGUGCCUGAACCUGACCUGUUUUAUCAUAAGGAAGGUUACUAUAUAAUCAGAUUUAAAAAUAUGGAGGAUCCUCGUGAAAUUUUAUGUGCAGGACCUUACUCCAUAGCUAGUAAACCUAUCAUCCUAAAGCCAUGGACCCUGGAUUUUGACUUUUCAAAGGAACUUCCCAUUUCCAUUCCUUUGUGGGAAAAGUUCCCUAAACUUCCUAUGUCAUGUUGGGGUAUGAGAUCUUUAAGCAGAAUAGCAAGUGUGAUUGGGAAACCUAUUUUUGCUGAUGAAUGCACAACAAAGCAGACUAGAGUUUCAUAUGCUAGGAUGCUUAUUGAGGUUAAUGUUACUAAGGAACUGCCAAGUGAAGUGUGGGUGAUGGAACCAAAUGACAAAAAAUUCCUACAGAGUGUAUCUUUCGACUGGAAACCUGCUUACUGCGAGAAAUGCCUAGUAGUGGGACAUAGAUGCGAAGCUCAGAUCAAGACUGGUGUUCAGGGACCUCCUAAAAAGGGUAGAAUUACCCAAGAGUGGAGAACUAAAGUAUCAGCUCCUACUGUAGAAAAACAGGAGAUCCAACAAGGCAAUAAUAUCAAGAUAGUUGAAACUCAACAGCCUAAGGAGAAGGUUCAACCAACAUGUGAUCAUAACAUUAUAGGGAAGGGAGAUUCUGGUCCCAGGAUGGCUGAAUUGCAGCAGACUAAGGAGAAGGCUCAACCAAUGGCUGAUAAUGAUAAUACAGGGAAGGAAGAUUGA